UGGACCUGUGGGAGGGAGGGCGGGCGCUGAGCUGGCUCCCUGCCUCCCCGUUCUCGACAACCCCUCUCCUUUCCUAUCUCCACUGGAAGAGAAAUAGGAGGCUUUUUAUCUGUCCCAACCUCCCACUUUGCAAGAGGCCUUUCAGGGCUUCCAGGAUCUCUCCAUCAUCCUUAUUUGGCUUGCCUGCCCCCCCCCCCCUUCUCUCUUCUAUGGUUCCCUCCCAAAGUAGAGUAGCUUGGCUCGGGUCCCCUGCACGUUUCUUUAGCUCUGGAACCCUCUUUGCCAUUCUCUUAGUAACUCAGUGGACCCUCUGUCCCUCCAUCUCUGCAUUGCCCUCCCAACUCCAGUAUUGCCGCCUCCCCCCAUGAAAUCUUGGUUUUGCUCUCAUCAGAAUUCCCCUCCUUCAAGUGCUACCGACUCUUCUUGCCAUUCUGACUCGUUCAGGCCUCCUUCCUCCUGAGCUUGCUUAUUCCCAGGGUCCCUCUGGCUGGGGUUCUCAUGGUUUCUCAACCGUUUGCCAGUGCCUGAACUUUUACUCCCUUCUGCUUUUCCCUGUUCCAAAGUCCUUCUCAGUUCCCAGAAGUCUGACUGUCUUCCCGACUCCUUUCUUAGAUCAGUCAGUAAACAUUAAAUGCCUACUGUGUGCUGGGCACUGUGCUACACGAUAGCUGCUACACUGUGCUACAAAGAGGCAAAAGACAGUCCCUGCCUUCAAGGAGCUCACAGUCUUACUGGGGAAAUGACAUUCGGACAAUGCACCUCUUCCCGAUCCCGCAGAGAUCUUCCUCUUGUCAAACUCCCAGGGCACCCCAGGGCCCAGAAGGCUGGGCCCUGAACUCCCUGCUGCCCGAGUCUGGGAUUGUGGCCGACAUCGAGUUGGAGAACGCCUUGUCUCUGACCCCAGAGAGCUUCUAUGAGCUGAAGAGUCAGCCCCUUCAUUCCAGCCUCCCUUCACAGGCAGCGCCAGCAGCCUCCUCUCAGCCUCCAGCCUCGUCGUCUUUAGUUAUGUCUUCACGAAUCCUCCUCCGACAGCAGCUAAUGAGGGCUCAAGCACAAGAACAAGAACAGAGGGAGCGCCGGGAGCGGGCAGCCUCUGGCCCUUUCCCUAGUGGGCCAGCCCCGCCAGCAUCUCCAGCCAUUUCUGUGGUCGUCGGGGCUGGCCCUGGUGGCUCUCCGGGUGCAGUAGGCCUUACCCGGCCAGCCUCUGCUCAGGUGCCAGUGGAGGUGCUCAAGGUCCAGACCCACCUGGAGAACCCCACGCGCUACCACCUUCAGCAGGCUCGGCGCCAGCAGGUUAAACAGUACCUGUCAACUACACUUGGCCCCAAGCUUGCUUCUCAGGCCCUUACGCCGCCGCCGCCACCACCACCAGCUGAGGGCACUUCGGCCGAGAGGUCCCAGCCAGCUGCAGGAAGUGCCCCCAAUAGUCCCAUGGCCCUGCUCAAUAUAGGCUCCAGUUCAGAAAAGGAGAUUGAUGAUGUGAUUGACGAGAUCAUCAGCUUGGAGUCCAGUUACAAUGAUGAGAUGCUUGGCUACCUGCCUGGAGGCCCUGGGGGACUUCAGCUCCCAAGCACACUGCCCGUUUCUGGGAACCUGCUGGAUGUGUACAGUGGCCCCAGUGCUGUGACCCCAGCUGUCCCCGUCAGCAAUUCCUGCCCUGCUGAGCUGACCAGUAUCAAGCAAGAGAUCUCUGAGAACGAGGCAAAGGCUCUGCUGAAGGAGCGGCAGAAGAAGGACAAUCAUAACCUUAUUGAGCGUCGGAGACGUUUUAACAUCAAUGACCGGAUCAAGGAGCUGGGCACCCUGAUCCCCAAGUCCAAUGACCCGGAAAUCCGAUUGAACAAGGGAACCAUCCUCAAGGCCUCAGUGGACUAUAUCCGAAAACUGCAGAAGGAGCAGCAGAGAGCCAAGGACUUGGAGAACCGCCAGCGGGUGCUGGAGCAAGCCAACCGAAGCCUGCAGCUCCGAGUCCAGGAGCUGGAACUCCAAGCACAGAUCCACGGCCUGCCCUUGUCCCCUGCCCCUAAGGCCGAUACAUCGGAGUGCAUCGGUCCACCCCCACUACCCCCACCUCCUGAAGCCCUCCUGGAUCUGCACUUUCCUGGGGACCCCCUGGGGGAACUGGGCGAAGAUCCCUUCCAGCUGGGCCUGGAGGACAUUCUGAUGGAGGAGGAGGAGACAGUGGCAGCGGGUGCCCUGGGCCCGAGUCCAGGCGGUGGGCUGUCCCCUCUGCGGGCCGCCACCGACCCCUUGCUUUCCUCGGUCUCUCCGGCCCAGUCAAAAGGGAGCAGCAGCCGCCGGAGCAGUUUCAGCAUGGAGGAGGAGUCCUGAUGGAGCCCCCUGGCACAGACGCAGACGUUCCCAACUCCCCCUUCCUUAACACUUCACUCCCCACUUCCCCCUCCCCUCCCAUUGGUGAAAGAUAGGGGGCGGGGCUUGGGUGGAAGGCGGGCUGCCUCCUACCUGCCCUUCUCUCUCGGAGCCCUGGAGUUUUAACCGCGGAAGCCCCAUGUUAGCUCAGGGGGUUGCCGGGCU